UCACGUGGUCACGAACUUCCUCUAAACAUCGGCCCGGGGGACAACAACACCGAAAACCCCCAGCCUGAAACGAAAAACACAAAAUCAUCGGUGCAUUUUGUAACUGUAACGAUAUCCGGAAUAUUUACCAUAAAACGUAACAUCUCCAACGCAAAAUGCCUCAGAACGAACACAUUGAGCUCCACCGCAAGCGGCAUGGCUACCGCCUCGACCACCAUGAAAGGAAAAGGAAGAAGGAGAGCAGAGAAGCUCACGAGCGCUCCCACAAAGCCAAGAAGCUGAUCGGUUUGAAGGCCAAACUGUACCACAAGCAGAGACAUGCAGAGAAGAUCCAGAUGAAGAAGACCAUCAAAAUGCACGAACAGAGGAAAACUAAGCAGAAGAAUGACGACAAGACUCCAGAGGGAGCAGUUCCAGCCUACCUGCUGGACAGAGAGGGACAGUCCAGAGCAAAGGUCCUCUCCAACAUGAUCAAACAGAAGAGAAAGGAGAAGGCUGGUAAAUGGGAGGUGCCUUUGCCGAAGGUGCGCGCUCAAGGAGAGACUGAAGUACUGAAAGUCAUCAAAACAGGGAAGAGACAAAAGAAAGCGUGGAAGAGGAUGGUCACAAAAGUGUGCUUUGUCGGCGAUGGCUUCACGCGUAAACCUCCAAAGUAUGAGCGCUUCAUCAGACCCAUGGGUUUGCGCUUUAAAAAGGCUCACGUCACACAUCCAGAGCUGAAAGCAACGUUCUGUCUGCCCAUCCUCGGCGUGAAGAAGAACCCCUCCUCCCCCCUCUACACGUCUCUGGGCGUCAUCACCAAAGGAACCGUGAUAGAAGUCAAUGUCAGUGAGCUGGGCCUGGUUACACAAGGAGGAAAGGUCAUCUGGGGUAAAUACGCCCAAGUAACAAACAACCCAGAGAACGACGGCUGCAUCAACGCUGUUUUGCUUGUUUAAGACUCUCAGGUUGCUCGCUAACUGUGCCUGCCUACUCUUAAUUUAUGCUUAAGAGUAUCAGAUUACAUCAAAGAUGUUUUGGACUUCAGUUCUUGGACCGUUUGGAAUAUCAGAAAGGUUGCUGGGAGAAUUUUCUGCAACGAGGAGAAGUUAAAAAGAGGUGUUGUUUCAAAUAAAAUGAUUAAAACUAAA